ACUGGUGCUAUUCUGACCACGUCCACGUCUUCACUGAGCUCUCCUCAAACGCGAGUUUCUCGCUGGAAACAACACGAUCUUAUUUCCGCACCCACUCCACUCGCCAAGUUUGGCUCCUGCGGACUUCACCCUCUCCCUGAAGAUGAAGACCCGGUGCAAAGGUCGCCGUUUUGACACCACUGAGGAGAUCCGAGCGAAGAAGAAGACUUCAAGGAUACAUUCCAUAAAUGUCAGGAACAUGGGAAGCACUGUAUUUCUGUGCAAGGGGACUAUUUUGAAAUGUCUUUGCUCCAAGCAGCGAGCUCAGCAGGGGCGUGUGAGACGGUGUUUAAGGGUUUCUCAGACUGCCUGCUCAGCCUCGGAGAAAACGUGAUGAACCAUCCUCAGGACCUGGACGAUCUGGAAAACCUGAACACCAUCUGCUCAUACUGGAGCGAUUUCCUAUCAUGCACAUCUGCUGCAGUUGCUGAUUGCCAAGAUGAAGCAGUGGAGCUCUGGGAGAAGCUCAAAGUGCCGUCUGGGAGUCUGAACUACAGGGGAAGUCUGUUUCAACUCUGCUCGAAAGACAAUGGAGCACCAGGACUCAGUUUUACAGUAAAACUCAUAAUUGGAGCCGUGACUCUUUUUAAACUGGUGAUGUGGGUGAUUUUUGAGUGAAAAAAAAGAAAUGAGAAACAGAUUGUAAGACAGUUAAUGAUAUCAUUUUUUAGCACUUAUUAAGCCUGAAAAACUCAAUUAUAUCAAUAUAUUUUGAGCAUUUAAUAUCACAACAUUUAUAUGAAGACAUUUUAAACACAAAUUAUUGCUUGUUCUGAUGCAAAUCUAAUUACAGAAACCUUUGGAUGGGUGACUUUUUAAAGAUAUCAAGAAAAGCUCAAUUUUGUGUUCCCAUUUUUUUUAUGAAUAAUUCAGAUUAGGAUUAGAGUUACACAUGAACACACAAAAAUAUAACUCAGGAAGAAUUUUGUGAUUUAAUCUACCUUAAAAAAAAAAUAAAUCAAUACUUUUAACAGCUUUUUGCCAAAGUGCUGAAUUUUUGGUUGGUUAAAAGGUGUUUUUUUCCUUUUUUUGAGCUACUGCAAGUCACAAGUUUACUCAAUAUUUACAUUUAAUAUUUAUGCAUCCCUUCGUAUAUAUAAUGAUUUUUAUAUACACUGUAUUACUUGUGUGGUGAUGCUUCAAACUUAAUCAAUAUAUAUUAAAACGUAUUAAUAUGAUAAAUGCAUUAAAAUGAUUUUUUUAAUCAUAGUUUCGGUGCGUUGAAACAGUCGGUAUGUUUUCGUAUUUGUAAUUUCUUCAUAAGAUGCAUUUCUUUUCACCUUAAUUUAAGAGAAAUAAAAA